AUGGAGUCCGAUCCAAAUCCUAAUUCUUUGAAUCAAUAUAUAAACCCAAGAGAUUGUACUCAAGGCUUUUGUUCCACAUUUUGUCCUCAAUGGUGUAGUUACAUUAACUUCUCUCCACCACCAAUUUCCUAUGAACAACUCCUAAACGACGGAGUUUCAUCAAACCCUAAUGUCUCCCCUCUUGCCAUCGCAAUUAUUGGAAUCCUUGGAAGUGCCUUUCUCUUGGCAACUUACUACACUCUUGUCUCAAAGUAUUGCGCCACCAACACAAACGAUGAAGCUACCUCGGAAACGGGAAGAUCUGAUUUAAUUCUCGAUGUUAACUCGCCGGAAAGUCAACACCAAGAUGACCCUUUCGCUCAUGCGUCUUCAAACGCCGGUUUAGACGACGCCCUCAUAAAAAAGAUUGGAUCUUUCAGGUUGAAGAAGCAUCAAAAGGGGCUCAAAAUCAACGGUAUGGAUUGUUCCAUAUGUCUUGGAGAGUUUAACGAAGACGAGAGCUUAAGGUUAUUGCCUAAAUGCAAUCAUAUUUUCCACGUCGUUUGUAUUGAUCGUUGGCUCAAAUCCCACUCAAAUUGUCCGCUUUGUCGGUCUAAGAUCAUCGUCCCUACCACUCAAGAACCCGAUCAUCUCUCUGUGGUGAUGAAUCUUGAUCGGUUUACUAGCAAUGUUGGACCAGCAGAAGGAAAUAUAAUUGUUCUUGAUCACCGUGAUGAGGUUAUUGUUCCUAUCAGUUCUCAUCAUCCACGACGAUUCUCGGCCGCAGAUAUUGUUCUCCCGACGAGCAGAGACGGAGAAGAGGAAGAGGAAAGUUAUGAUCUUGAAAGUGGAAACCGACUGAAGCUUGAAAACUUGAAAAGAUCAUUCUCAAGUGGUGGAUUGGUUCUUGGGACUCAAGGAAGGACUAAUAGAUCCUAA